GAACCCUUUGGCCCACACGACAGCACAGCAGCCGGAGGAGCUAGGACAGGCGCGGCGGCGGCGGAUAGGAAACUGAGGAAGCUAGAGCCAUGGUGGUACGGAUCCGUCUGGCGCGGUUCGGGUGCCGGAACCGGCCCUUCUACCGGGUGAUGGCCGCCGACAGCCGCUCCCCGCGCGACGGCAAGCACCUCGAAGUCCUCGGCUACUACAACCCGCUCCCAGGGAAGGAUGGAGGCAAGAGGAUGGGCCUGAAAUUCGACCGGGUGAAGUAUUGGCUGUCAGUUGGGGCACAGCCAUCAGAUCCUGUGCAGAGUAUUCUCUUUCGUGCCGGACUUCUGCCACCACCUCCAAUGCUAGCUAUGGCACGGAAGGGUGGGCCACGCGAUAGGCGCCCCAUUCAUCCAAUGACUGGGCGCCCCUUGGAUCUCGAGGGCGUCACAAUUGUCGAUGACUCCAAUGCUCCUGAAGGCGACGCUGAAGAGCCUACAGAUGAGGUGGCUUCAUAAGCCUCUUAUAUUAGCAUAUGAAAAUAUGAUGUAUUUUCUAUUUAGCAUAUGUAGUGGUGCUGCAAAAGAAAACUUGUUUGUUGUGCUUCUGACAAGACUUGAGUACUAGUACAAUGUGGCAAAACUUUUAGACAGGUAAUCUUUCAUCCGAUUUUCUUCUAAAAAAUGGCAGUGCCAUUGUUUGUUCUCAUAGAAAAUGUAAAACCAAUGCCAUUGUAUGCAUCUUUAGCUUUUGUUCUGCAGCACCAUCAGCUUGUGGUCUCUAGUAUUCUCUGCGCUUUUUGAAAGAAAAAGGGCAGGAGCUCUGCCUUGCAUUUAAGUUCUC